CGCCAGCAGUUCUCCCAUCCUCGUCAGUACCAGCAACACUCCAACAACAACCAGCAACAAUGCCACCAAAAGGAAAGAAGCCCGCUCCCUCCCCCUUCCCGUCCACCAAGGCCGCCAAGAAGGCUCCUAAGAACCCUCUCAUCGAGAAGCGUUCGCGCUCGUUCGGCAUUGGCCAGGACAUCCAGCCCAAGCGCAACCUCUCGCGCUUCGUCAAGUGGCCCGAGUACGUCCGUCUCCAGCGCCAGCGCAAGAUCCUCAAGCUCCGCUUGAAGUUCAGCACUGUGCUCGACAAGAACACUGCCACCCAGGCUUUCAAGCUCCUCAACAAGUACAGACCUGAGACCAAGAGCGAGAAGAAGGAGCGUCUCACCAAGGAGGCUGCUGCCAUUGCUGAGGGAAAGAAGAAGGAGGAGGUUUCCGAGAAGCCCUACACUGUCAAGUACGGUCUCAACCACGUUGUUGGUCUGCUCGAGAACAAGAAGGUUCAGCUUUUGCUGAUUGCCGACGAUGUCGACCCUAUCGAGCUCGUUGUCUUCCUGCCCGCUCUUGCCCGCAAGAUGGGUGUCCCCUACGCCAUUGUCAAGGGCAAGGCCCGUCUCGGAACCCUUGUUCACAAGAAGACCGCUGCCGUUGUUGCUCUGACUGAGGUGCGCUCUGCCGACAAGGCCGAGCUCGCCACUCUUGUUUCGGCCAUCAAGUCGAACUUUGUCGAGAAGCACGACGAGUCGCGCCGCAAGUGGGGUGGUGGUAUCAUGGGAACCAAGACCACGACCAAGCUCGAGAAGCGCCGCAAGGCUCUCGAGGCCGCUAUCAAGGUCUAAAAGUUUUCAUUUAAAAAUAAACGGGUGUAAUAUAAUGAUUGAAUACAAAGCUGGUUGUUUUGAA